AUGCUGCUGCUGACGUGGGUUGUGUGGUUCUCAGCGCUCUGCGCCGUGGCGCUCGGCUGCCCCUCCAUCGUCUCCCGCUCCCAGUGGGGGGCCCGGUCCCCAAAAAGCAGAACCUCAUUGAAGACCCCGGUGUCCUACGUCGUCAUCCACCACACGGCAGGGAACCGCUGCACCUCGCAGGAAUCCUGCAGCCAGCAGGUCAAGGGCAUCCAGAACUAUCACAUGGGUUCAAGGGGCUGGUCCGACAUCGGCUACAACUUCCUGAUUGGCGAGGACGGCAGAGUCUACGAGGGCAGAGGCUGGAACACCAGGGGGGCCCACGCCUCCGGCUGGAACGAUAAGUCACUGGGACUCGCCUUCCUGGGCAACUUCUCUAAUGGAGUCCCCAGCGCUGCUGCCCGGUUCGCCGCCCAGAGCCUGAUCCGAUGCGCCAUCAACAGGGGCUCCCUAAGCAGCAGCUACACCCUGAAGGGGCAUCGCAACGUGGGCCCGACCAGCUGCCCCGGGAACGCCCUCUACGGGGUCAUCAGCCGGUGGGCCAGGUUCCAAGCCUGA